AUGAGGCUGCCCCCGGCCCCCCUGAGGCUGAGCCGGACUCUGGCGCUGCUGGCCUUGGCGCUGCCCCUGGCCGCAGCUCUGGCCUUCUCCGACGAGACCCUGGACAAAGUGGCCAAAUCGGAGGGCUACUGCAGCCGCAUCCUGCGCGCCCAGGGCACGCGGCGCGAGGGCUACACCGAGUUCAGCCUGCGCGUGGAGGGCGACCCCGACUUCUACAAGCCGGGAACCAGCUACCGCGUGACUCUCUCUGCUGCUCCCCCUUCCUACUUUCGAGGAUUCACAUUGAUUGCCCUCAAGGAGAAUAGAGAGGGCGAUAAGGAAGAAGACCAUGCUGGGACCUUCCAGAUCAUAGAUGAAGAGGAAACCCAGUUUAUGAGUAACUGCCCCGUUGCGGUCACCGAAAGCACGCCGCGGAGGAGAACCCGGAUCCAGGUGUUCUGGAUCGCGCCACCCACGGGAACAGGCUGUGUGAUUCUAAAGGCCAGCAUCGUUCAGAAGCGCAUUAUUUAUUUUCAAGAUGAGGGCUCUCUGACCAAGAAACUCUGUGAACAAGAUUCCACUUUUGACGGGGUGACUGAUAAACCCAUCUUAGACUGCUGCGCCUGCGGAACUGCCAAGUACAGACUCACGUUUUAUGGGAACUGGUCUGAGAAGACGCACCCUAAGGAUUACCCUCGUCGGGCCAACCACUGGUCUGCGAUCAUUGGCGGAUCCCACUCCAAGAACUAUGUGCUGUGGGAGUAUGGAGGAUAUGCCAGUGAAGGUGUCAAACAAGUUGCAGAACUGGGUUCCCCAGUGAAAAUGGAGGAAGAAAUUCGACAACAGAGUGAUGAGGUCCUCACCGUCAUCAAAGCCAAAGCCCAGUGGCCAGCCUGGCAGCCUCUCAACGUGAGAGCGGCACCAUCAGCUGAAUUUUCAGUGGACAGGACACGUCACUUAAUGUCCUUCCUGACCAUGAUGGGCCCCAGUCCCGACUGGAACGUGGGUUUGUCCGCAGAGGAUCUGUGCACCAAAGAAUGCGGCUGGGUGCAGAAGGUGGUGCAGGACCUGAUCCCCUGGGACGCCGGCACUGACAGUGGGGUGACCUACGAGUCACCCAACAAGCCCACGAUUCCCCAAGAGAAAAUCCGGCCCCUGACCAGCCUGGACCAUCCUCAGAGUCCUUUCUACGACCCAGAAGGUGGUUCCAUCAUUCAAGUAGCCAGAGUUGUCAUCGAGAGAAUCGCCCGGAAGGGGGAACAGUGCAACAUUGUACCCGACAAUGUGGAUGACAUUGUAGCAGACUUGGCUCCGGAAGAGAAAGAUGAAGACGACACCCCUGAGACCUGCAUCUACUCCAACUGGUCCCCGUGGUCGGCCUGCAGCUCCUCCACCUGCGACAAAGGCAAGAGGAUGCGGCAGCGCAUGCUGAAGGCACAGCUGGACCUCAGUGUCCCCUGCCCUGACACCCAGGACUUCCAGCCCUGCAUGGGCCCUGGCUGCAGCGACGAAGACGGCUCCACCUGUACCAUGUCCGAGUGGAUCACCUGGUCACCCUGCAGCAUCUCCUGCGGCACAGGCAUGCGGUCCCGGGAGAGGUACGUGAAGCAAUUCCCCGAGGACGGCUCCGUGUGCACGCUGCCCACCGAGGAGACGGAGAAGUGCACGGUCAACGAGGAGUGCUCUCCCAGCAGCUGCCUGAUGACCGAGUGGGGCGAGUGGGACGAGUGCAGCGCCACCUGCGGGGUGGGCAUGAAGAAGCGCCACCGCAUGGUCAAGAUGAGCCCUGCAGACGGCUCCAUGUGCAAGGCCGAGACGUCCCAGACAGAGAAGUGCAUGAUGCCCGAGUGCCACACCAUCCCAUGCUUGCUGUCCCCGUGGUCCGAGUGGAGCGACUGCAGCGUGACCUGUGGGAAGGGCAUGCGGACCCGCCAGAGGAUGCUCAAGUCUCUGGCGGAACUUGGAGACUGUAAUGAGGAGCUGGAGCAGGUGGAGAAGUGCAUGUUGCCGGAAUGCCCCAUUGACUGCGAGCUCACCGAGUGGUCCCAGUGGUCAGAAUGUAACAAGUCAUGCGGGAAAGGCCACAUGAUCCGAACCCGGAUGGUCCAAAUGGAGCCCCAGUUUGGAGGCGCACCCUGCCCAGAGACUGUGCAACGCAAAAAGUGCCGCGUCCGGAAAUGCCUCCGAAACCCAUCCAUCCAGAAGCUGCGCUGGAGGGAGGCCAGAGAGAGCCGGAGGAGCGAGCAGCUGCGAGAAGAGUCUGAUGGGGAGCAGUUCCCAGGCUGCAGGAUGCGCCCUUGGACAGCAUGGUCAGAAUGCACCAAACUGUGUGGAGGUGGGAUUCAGGAACGCUACAUGACUGUAAAGAAGAGGUUCAAAAGCUCCCAGUUUACCAGCUGCAAAGACAAGAAGGAGAUCAGAGCAUGUAACGUUCACCCUUGUUAGCAAGGACACAAGUUCCCCAGGGCUGCACUGUAGUCCAGAGUCACCAAUGGCUGGUUUGCUUGUUUAAGACAAUUCAAAUUGUGUUUGCUAGUUUUCCUUUUUUUUGCAGUGUGGUUUGCCAGGUAGUCUUGUGGAUGUCAGGGACAUUCCUCCUGAAUACUUCUUGGUGGGUAUGGGCUGCAUGGGGCUCCCGCACUCACAAGGGGCCCUCUUCCUACACAGAGUUAACGUACAUGGUGUCAGCUACCUUGUACGUUUGACACGUGUCCCUCUGGAACAUCCACCUGGCCAGGUGAGGCAGAGACCCUGGCCUCCUCCACAAGGAGAGGCGGCUGUGUCUGGAAGUGGCUCUGUGCUGGGUCCCAGCGUGCAGCAGGCAGGAAACAGUCCAACCAGAUGAGAGAGCAGAUGCCCCUCACUCUCAUCUUCGGCCUGUCUGCUCUUGCAGAAAACGACUGCCCAUCUCUAGGUCCCCUGUUAAGUCUCCUCAGUCCUCAUUAACUCUUGGGAAAGCAGAGCGGGCAGACGUUUCAACAGCCCUUCAUGCUGGGUGGUUUUCCAUCUUUCACUGGGAAAUCCUGAAUCUAUUUAGCUUACUCCCUGACGUUGGUUCCUGAUACCCAAAAGGAGAAAAUACACCUGGGAUAAAGUGUUCUUUUAAGCCACAAUUCUCCUAAAUGCUUGGGCAGUAGAUCCUUACUGGAACCGAGGCUAAGGAAACAAAACUGGCCUCGCUAGAAGUCCCAAACCUGAGUUUUAAUCUUCCAUAUGUCUAGACUUUCAAGUUUUCAAUCAAGUUCUAAAAAGAAAACAUUUUCGUUUAUGCAAACACUUCACUAAGUCUGCUCGGAGCCCAUCAUUCUUUCAACAAAAAAACUAUCUGCGUACUUUAACAUGGAAUUUUAAGAUUAAAAAAUAACUUUAGAGACACAAAGUGUUUCAGAUAUGAAGGGGUACAGAAAGUCUAGGAGAAAAAGAGUAUUAUGGCAUCAAACCGAACAGCAGUUCUGAUGGGAAAUCAAACCUGAGUCAGCUCUCCACUCCAGAGCUCUGGUCCUCACAGGGAAGGCCCUGGGUUUCCAUCCACUUCCAUGCAUAAGCACACCAAGUUCAGGGAGGCUGACUACCAAGGAUUAGUGUAAAAAGACAUUUUUCUCAGUUGAGUCCAUCAGUAGUUUUCUAUUCGUGCAUUUAUUGUUAAAACUACCGUUUCAUUCCUUUUGCGGCCUACUUUACUAUUGCUUAAUCCAAAUAUGCACCAUGGGUGAUAGAUACAUACAAUGCUUUAUACACUACUCCUAAGACUCUGCAUUAAACACAUCAGGAUAUUUCCAAACACAACAUAUAUAUGGUAUAGCCCUGCAUAUGUAUUUUAACACAAGAGAGACUGUUCAAUUAAAAAAACUCAUUGGGUCUGUCUGUCUCAUGUUUUUAAGCUAAUUAAGUGACCACAAGCCUGGGUCUUUUUAUAACUGUUAGUCACCUCAUUUUUCAAAGAUAUGGCUUUUCUCCCCCUCAUUCUAGAGACACCAUUAACUACUGCUUUCUCCUCCCUUCAGAGGAACAUACUAUUAAAGAAAAUAAGAAGUCCAAUUUUUCUACUUGGACAAACCACCAACCACUUUUGCCAACAUUCUCUAUGCUAUCCAGAGGCAUACUUAUUUGCAACCUAUGAAAAUCAAAAGUUCCUUCCAACAGUAAUUCCUGAAUAACUCCAAGAACAAGCCAUCCUAGUGUCUCGUGUUCUUAUUUGGUUCCUGCUGGGUACACUUUUAGUCCUGAUUUUGAAGACUUAGAACCGGGUGACCAGUUAAUAUCUGAGAAUGAGUAAUAUGAUUUUUGUCACAUUGUUAUUUUUUGUUUGCAAUGGGGAGUUUAUAAGAAGUCAAAUCUCUUUCUUACCAAAGUCUUGUGUUAGGUGGUUUAUAGUUUUUCUGGCUAACCAUUUUGGAAAUAAAGACUUUUUACUACAAAAAUGAACAUUUGUUUGGGCUUCCACUUGAGAUGGUAAAGAGAUCAUAUAAUAGAUACCCAGUUAAAAAGUGCUACUAAAGAAAUAGCUGUAAUUGUUGAAUAUAUUUUUAUCAAUGCCAAACCAGUUGUAAUCCAAUUUAUACCCAUAUUCUAAGAUACCACUAAGAAGUUCAGAGAUCUAUUUCCCAACCAGACAUUGAGUCACUUACCUGUCAUCUUGCCAAUGCAUUAUAUUUGGAGGAAAUCUGUUGUAGCAAAUGAGAAUAAAUCCUGGGCUUCCCAAG